AUGGACCUUCCCAGCAUGCCUUGCCAGAGCGCCGUAAGUGAGGCGGAAGCACUAUUGUCAGCGACGAUGGCGCUAAGAUGGCGCCUGCUGCUGUCCGCGCUGUGGGGGUUCAUUGUUGCGCCUCAUGGGUUGGCUGAAGUAGCUCUGGAGAAUGAUGGAAAGAGCCCAGUGAGCUUGCCUGGUGCCACACCCUGUUGGCAGACUGGGGACUUUGUGGUGGCGGUCCAGUGCGCCCCUUGCACCAGUUUCCAGAUGAAAACGAUGCCAGAGUGUGGCGCCACGGGCUUCAUUGAGCAGAUCGACUGCAGCGCUUCCAAGAAGGGUGAAUUCAAGAGUUGCCGCUCGACAGCCAUGGAGGCGCACCUCUUCUGGAAGUUUGAGGGCGCCAUGCUGGGUGUGGCGGCUGUCUUCGCCCUCCUGGUGGUGUGUCGGCAGCGCAUGCUGGACCGCAAGGCCCUGGAGAAAGUGCGCAAGCAGAUCGAGUCCAUCUAAGCAGCCCCACAUCCUCCUUGGACUGUGAAGGAGACAGUGAGCACCGCACGUUUCUUGGAAAACGAUCUUCUGAGCACUCCGCCUCCGGCCGCUAGGCAGUACUGCUCUCCGGCAGACCACACGAGGGACCGAUGCCAGACCACGGACAUCCGCGUCUCAUACCCGGCUUUGGUUGACUGGUGGCAGAGGUGUGGCUGAUUCUGGCUGCGCUCUGGCCAGUGUUAGACUCAAAGGAAACCUCGCCGCACCUUUAGUCAUAUCACUGCUGAUUAAAAGAGUAACAGCCUCGCUGGACGCCUCUUCAGAGUCUCGCAUCGAGGGAGGAAAUUGAUCCGAAGCUCUGAUGGCACGACCCCUGAAGCUCGUCUCUCUUCCGAAAAACAGAUCAGGUCGAAAUGGGGCAUACGGCUUUCUUCAGGCAGCGCUCCGUGACGUCUAUUUAUUUCCUUGACUUUAAAACAUCCUGCCCUGAGACUUUGUGCAGAGCAUGGCUCUGAUUAAAAUGGUUCCCGUCGGA